AGCUGCCGUCCUGUUACCUACACAGCAGGUAGGAUUGUGACGCAAAUUCAAUAUCGCCUGCCGUUUAUUACUGGUAGGCCAAACAUCGGUACCCGAUCGAGUUUCUGCCAUACCAACCUUGAAAGUUUGGAGGAACCUACAUCCUUACUUAUUCUGUCAGGCUUCAUCAUCCACAGAACUUCCCAUAGCUCAUGAAAAGUUGUUAUGCAACUUAAAAUGAACCCUAAAGCAUCUAGUUUUGUUCCAGGUGGAACACAGGAGGGCCAGCAUUAUGACGGGCUGUUCCUACGAGAACCUGGCCAAUCCCAAGUAUCAGAUGAUUCGAGAUCCCGGGUGAAGUGUCGGUAUUUUUUGCGUGGGCAAUGUCUGAAGGAUAAACUCUGCCCCUACCUCCACGAGCGUGAUCGGGAAAUCCAGACUUCCAUUCAAGGCGCGACUAAUAUCCACAAGCUUCCUGAGAGAGAGGAGCUUACUCGUGCCAAUAAGGGGGCUUUGGUUCACUUCGCUGCUGGUGCACUCGUCACGAAGAUAUCUCUACCAUCUGACUUCUCAGCUGUCCAAAUCAGUCCGCUACCGCGUGAUAGCACGCGAGAGUCUCUAAUGGCCCUCCUCCGUUCCCAUAAUCUCAACAUACCAAGUGAGACCGAUAUUCAGUUUACUCGCGAAGCAGAGUUAUCAAGCGCUCUGGUAAAAGUUGAGGACCCCGAAUUCGCUAGGGCAGCUGGCAAGAAACUUGGCUCACAGAUUGCUCCACGUCUAAAUAAAAACAUGGAACCGAUUGUUACUCCGAUAGAUAUGCCACUAUUCUCGGAUUCGAAUAGUCUUCGUGUCGACUGUAAGAAACUGCAUGUCUCUUGGCAUAGGGCCAGCAGAAUAGUGUGGCUCAAUUUCGGCAGUGGCGAGAUAGCCAAACGCGUGAAUAAAAAGUUCAAAGACGGAACGUACAAAAUUUUGAACCAAACUGUUCAGUGUGGUAACCCAACUCGGGGUGUGAAACUGACCGUGUGCCUAACAGACGUGCCGGCAUCUGCCACGGAAUCUGACGUCCUCAAGUCAAUUCGUAAUGUGCAUAGGCCGCACAAUGUCGAGCUUGGAAACCCUACAUAUUCUCUUGAUAUAGAGACCUGUUCCGCCUCGAUUCAAUCUCUGUUCACCUCUAUUGGCCCCCUUGAAUGGUGGGAGCUUACCCCUGAUAUAACCGGUAAACGCAUAAAAGCAAGUGCCCGGUUUCAGAAUGAGGACGACGCCAGGGAAGCCGCACGAACCCUGGACAAGUCAGAGCUCAGUUUUAAUAAGAAGGCGAAGCUCACUGUACAGCUUGUCUAUACAGCGAAGUUCAAGGUGCCCGCAAACAUCUACGAAGCAAUAGAGCCGGAGCUCAAAGCUAACAUUAGAGGUUGGAAGAACUCACAUUUGCAUUUUACUGCAUAUGAGAACUCCGAUCCACCUAAAUGGUAUCGUGUGUUGAAGAUUGAAGGGGAAGGGGCCACCAAUGUUGCGGAAGCGAAGAAUACCAUCACGAAUAUCAUGUCCGGUAUGGUAGCUAAGGAAGGCAGUUCCGUUCUUUGGCAUCAGGCUCUACGCAGCAACGGAACUCUCCUUCAUCGGUUGAGGGAGUUAGGAAACCAGACUGGAGUAGUUAUCGCACGAAACAGAGUCAAGUCUCAGCUUCGACUGUACGGAUCACGAAAGAACUGUGAGAGUUGCCAAAUCGAGAUAGCUGGCUUGUUGGCAGACGAUCGAUAUGAGCACUUCAAUAUCGACCUGGGCACGAAUGAAUUUUCUUGGGUCCUCCAGGGGGGCUUGAAUAGACUCCAAAACGAGAUUGAAGCUGAGAAAGUUAGCUUCGACAUUACUUCGACGCCCAAGCGUGUGGUCGUGAUCGGUACGGUCAGGGACUACGAAACUAUAAUCGACAUCUUGAAUAAUAGAGAAGUAACCCCGAAGAAGAUGAACGUCUCGAACGAGAAAGAUUGCGUCGUUUGCUGGAACGAGGCCGAGAAUCCAAUAGAGACCCAAUGCGGUCAUGCGUACUGUCUAGACUGCUUCGAAAACUUAUGCAUGUCAGCUACAACGAAGGAAAUGGUUGUCCAAGUUUCCUGUGUUGGAGAGUCAGGAAGAUGUGGUAAGACACUCGGCCUCCCGGAAUUGCAGGAACACCUCUCCUCGGCCGCAUUUGAGGAGCUGCUAGAGCAAUCAUUUGCUUCGUACAUGCGGCUUCAUCCACAGGUCUUCCAAUACUGUCCUUCUGUCGACUGCGGAUCUUUCUAUCGAAUCAAUUCCACCCCCAAAAUGCGAACGUGCCCUCAAUGUCUAGUACCAGUGUGUACAGCAUGCCAUACCCAACAUGGAACUAUGACAUGUGCGGAUUACCAGGAUGUGUCUACGGGGCGUUACGAGGCCCUGGAGAGAGUGAAGAGAGAGAUUGGUAUCAAGGACUGCCCUAAAUGUAAGACUCCUUUGGAAAAGAUUGAUGGAUGUAAUCAUAUGACUUGUCGGUGCGGUGCGCAUAUUUGCUGGGUCUGUCUAAGAACCUUUGAAGGAGCACAGCUUUGUUACGAUCAUAUGAAUAAGGAACAUGGUGGAAUUGGGUUUAAUUAUGAGUGAUGCUAAGUGCAUCACUCUAUAUUUUACCAGCUUGUCAAAGCUUCUAAACAUUAAGGAUAUUAGUAGCCGCGUACUAUGGUCUAUACGUAAUUACAGGCGGUGUUAGCUUCUAUGCCGCCUUAAGCUCGGGCGAGUCAAGACAGCCUCAAAAGGGGACUGAACUGCGCUGUCCAGAUGCGACUAUGUGGCGGGAAUAACAUACACCCG